GGCAUUUAAACUGCAACAAAGAACUUAUAUCACGUGAUUUUAACGGUAUUGACAAACGUAAUGGUGGUCGAAGAAGACAUGAAAACGACAUUUUUAACCUAAGAUAUAAUAUUUCGACAAAUUUUACCUAAAACCGGUUUCCACAGUGCCAAAAAAAUAGAGACCAUCAUAUAAGCUAUCCCCAUUAUGGUCAUAUACAUGCGUAUCCAUAGAGGGGGACUACAAUACCAAAAAGUUUCGCUACCGUAGCAUGCUGGAUUUUCUAUGCAAAGAACAUAAAGGCCGAUAUGGUAUCCCCAGAAUUCCAAUGCGAGGAAGUGUUAUGUUGUAUGGAUUAUUCGUGUUACUCCUGUGUACGACGCAGGUAUGGGGAGGGUGUACAAGCCCCUGUCCCACUGGAUGUACUUGCAUUCAAGUUAGUAGUAAAUCAUGCACAAUUAACUGUUCAAAAGCUGGACUUUCUGGGGUGCCAGGGCAAGCGGAUUUACCAGGCAGUGGAAAUCACAUAAAAGUAUUUGAUCUGAGUGAUAAUAAUAUAACUUCUAUUGGUGCCAAUGAUUUAUCAUUUUUGACGAACCUGGAGGAAUUAUACCUACAGGGGAAUAAUAUAAACAGUAUUCAUUCAAAUGCUUUUCAUGAUACUAGUGAUUUGAUAACUAUAAACUUGUCAGAUAAUCCUAUUGCAACCCUUGAAGAUGAUUUGUUUAAAAAGACCAAGAAAUUCGAAACAGUAAACCUUAGCCAUACACAGUUAUCAACACUUCCAGAUGAUCUUUUUCAAGAUGUUAAAUGCUUGAAAAAUUUGGAUUUAAGCUGGAACAAUUUUAGUAUUGUUAUAGAUGUAUUCAAAACUUUAAGAUGUUUAGAAGUAGUUAAGCUCAGAGGAAAUGCUUUUGCAACUGUUGGAUCUAUUCAAUUAGAUUUUAAUGAGUUGAAAAAUUUGGUUGAGUUAGAUAUUAGCCAUAACAAGUUUACCACGUUCCAAACCAAUGUAUUAAGUUCACUGUCAAGUUUACAAAAAUUAAAUAUAGCAAACAAUCCAUUUGACUGCACCUGUGAUUUAUUGUCUUUCCGUAAUGAACUAGUCACGCUUGAAACAUCAAGAAAUGUGGAGUUUGAAGAUAGAAAUGAUGUCAACUGUUCCAAUGCUCCUUCAGUCAACCUCCUGGAUCAGGCAUCAGAAAGGUUUUGGUCUUGCCAACAUUCCAUCCAGCGCAGAGCUCUUGCCAGCUAUAUAUCUCAAGGUCCUGGGCGACUUGGUUCCUGUUACUUUGAUGCAGAGGACAAGGUCAAGUAUGAUGUUUUAUUUACAAACACAGAAACUGCAACAGACAAUCAAACUUGUAUUGAGAAGUGUUUUGACAACAAUUCAACAUUUGGUAUUUUUGAAGACAGUUUAUGUAUGUGUGGAUACAAACACAUAGAUUCCAGUAAUGAAUGCUGGUGUGCAUCAAAGGCUUAUGUUGAUGGGAGUAACAUGGCUUGUGUUGACUCAACAUCAACUAAUAUUGUCUAUGUCAGUACUGUGUAUCCUAUUUCUGCAGGACUAACAAUUGUCCCUUUUGAUCGAGUAACGGCAGGACAAAGUCAGACAUUUACAGCUGAAGUUCAGUUAUCGACCAUAGUUCAAUAUAUAUGGUCAUUUGGCGACUCUAGUGAGAGUACAUCAGGAACGUCAUCCAGCAUGACAUAUACCAAUAGCCACACAUAUGCAACAGCUGGGACAUACACCAUGACAGUUAUGGCAUGUACCACCAAUUCAGCAUGUGCCUCCCUAUCUGUGUUAGUAGAGGUACGGCCAUUAUUUUCAUCAGACAGUAUAGAUAUCACAUGUCCGUCAUCGUCGCCAUCACUGUCAUCAACAAUAACAGUGACAGGAACCAUCAGUGCUGGAUACAAUACAGAAUACAAGUGGACUAAACUACCUACUGAUAAUGUCACAGCUAUUACAGAAGGCCAGUGUGAGGCAACAUGGGACUUCUUUAGAGGUCGGUGCCUUCAAGCUCUACUAUCUUCUUACACCUACAGUGGAGCCACAUCAACUUGUAAUGGUGGCCAUUUACUGACUAUACACUAUACACAGGAGAUAACUGAUGUCCUCAGCCAAUAUUCAUCUUUUUCGACAAUACUACUUGGUGCAACUAAAGAUGGUAAUGGAUACAAAUGGACCAAUGGGAAUAAAGCUUACUUCAUGGCAGCUGAUGUUACAGACUCAUCUGUUGGUGGAUGUGUUGUGAUUGACAGGACCAGUGGAGCAUUGAAAGGCAUUGAUUGUUCUUCUUCUCACAGUAUUCUUUGUCAAGAAGUUCCAAAUACAGAAUGUUUUGAUGGUGGACAUUAUUACUCGGAUAACAAUCACUGUUACAAGUUAUAUGAGACCAAUGUUAAUUGGUCUGUGGCGGCCAGUAACUGUCAAUUAUUGACCAAUCAGUCACAGUUAGCUGUUAUAGACUCUCUUUCUCUGAAGACUUUUAUCAUAACCUAUGUGUUUGGAAGUGUGACUCAGUCAGCUUGGAUUGGUCUUACAGACAAGGUGUCAGAAUCUUACCUGAUGUGGACAAACAACCAAUCAGUAGUGAACUACAAUCCUGUUGGCACUGCCCCAGAAACAGACUGCAUAACAGUAGACAAAACUGGUUCCUGGUCUCACUACAGUUGUCAAGAAUCUAAAUACUAUAUUUGCCAAUAUUCUUUAAGAGAAACUGUAAAGAUACCAACAUACCUAGCAGGGAUUGGUCGUUUGGUAUCAACUGGGUCAACAUAUAGCUUGACUUCAAUAGCUUCCACCAGCUUGCCAGCCAAUACUGUAUCCAUAACAAACACGUUUCCAGUAAAUGCAUUUGUUGGAUUAUGGUUUUCCCAUGGAGGAGAAAUACAGCAGUGGAAUUUCAGAACCAAUGCCUUGACAAAAGAUACUGUUAUCUCCUUCCAAGUCUACACACCAAUAUGUUCCUCAGGAACACUUAUAAAACCAGGUUGUGAUGGGAAUGGUGCCAGAUAUGCUUCCUGCUCCACUACUGUAACCACCUGUAGUGCUACACCUUAUUGUAAUGAAGGAAAAGAAAGCUGUUAUCACACCAAUGACUGUAUCCCAGUCUCUGACCCCUGUAAUUGUAACCAGUUAGACACCACAACAUAUCCAUAUUGUAGUACACCGUUUGUUGGAGAUCAACCAAAGUAUCGACUUGUUGGACAGACUGUAGUUAAUCUCCCCAGUGGUCCAGCUGGUUAUUUUUCAGUAAAUGCUGAUGGAUUGAAGGUUAGCGAGGGAGACAUCAUUGCAUUCCAGACAAACAACAGCGUUGAUGUUAUAUUAUGUGAUAAUACUGAUUUAACUCUGCUUCAGAAUAUACUGCAAAAAAUCCAAGGUGCAUGGGUGUCUGUUGGUGAUGAAGUAGACAUGUCAUCAUCUGCCUCUCCAUGGCGUAACAAUACAGCAUGUUACUUCCAGGCAGUUUAUACUAUUCCAGAGACUGUUACAUUGCCUCCAUCUUUACAGUAUUCUACCGUAGCUGGGUCAUACACUUAUGAGUUAAGUCUUCCAAAUGAUAACAUUGCAAAAUCCUGUACAUUCACUGUAGAAGAAGAAGUUGGAGAUUUUGACUGGAUAUAUCCAAUCGUCCAAUCAACAAGUGGAGGAACCAGUACAUUUUAUGUUGAAGCUGAUGUUCAAACAUACUUAGUAUUUGCAGCUAAGAGAGGUACAAAUCUACAGGUUUCAUGGUCAGUUGACGGGAAUGAUUACACAUCUACCUUUCAGUCUUCAUGUCCCAGCAGUGUUACAUCAGAAGUUGGAACUGCAUGUGAUAGUAGUAAUUACUGGAUAUCUGAACCAUUUGCCUAUGUACAAUAUACAUUUUCUUAUAACAGUGGAACUUCUGUACCAGUCAUUAUCACAGUAAACAAUACUGUUGGAUCAUCUACACAGACAUUUGCUAGCCAGGCCUUUCAGCCUCUUUCUCUCGAUUUUAACCUGACAGAUUUCAGCAAUGGAUACCUUGUUGAAAUCAAUAAGGCCAUCGAUUUUACAACUUCUGUUGGCAGUGGAAAUCCAACAAACUUUGAGUAUUUUGUAAAUGGAACUAAAGUGCAUACUUCAACAUCUUCUGGAACAUUCACAUAUACAUUCACUGCUAAAAAUUACUAUGAAGUAUCUGUGGAAAUAUCAGAUGGUUUCAAAACAGCUAACAAGUCCAUUAGUGUAACAAGUAAAUAUGCAGCAAAUGUCCAAAGUCUAACCUUAGUUGGAGUACCUACUACAGCAGCAGUAAGCACUGCAGUUCAGUUUCAAAUUACUUGCACUGUAAAUGCUCAAGCUUAUGUUACAGUUCAGUGGGAAUUCGAAAGUGGUACAGUUUCAGAGUCAUUGGAAACUACAACAACUUCACUUACUCUUAGCAAAUCCCAUACACAUACAAUAAAUGGAACAUAUACAUUCAGGUUAACAAUCACUGACGACUUUGGUAUUGUAGCAACUCAAACUCAGACAAUCCGUGUUGUAGAACACCUUCCAUCUGUUUCUUUAUCAGCUAGUUCCACAUCGAUUAGGACUGGAUCAAGCAUUGAUUUUAUUGCAACAGUUCCUGAAAUAGCUUCCAAAGAUUAUGGAACAUUGUCAUAUACCUUUGAUUUUAACGAUACAACUACUGAAGUUAGUUCCUCAAAAGAAAAAAUUCACACUUUUGGUACAGCUGGAACCUAUUACGUUACAGUUCAAGUUUCAAAUCAAGCUGAAAUUGUGCAAGAUACAGUUAUUGUUGGUGUAUUUGAUACAAUAACAGGUUUAACAAUUACCGCAGACAGAAUAGUCCAAGUGUCCACCACAACUUCUAUAACUGCAUCUGUUACAACAGGAAAUGCAUUAACAUAUAGCUUUGAAAUAUCUGACAAUGCUUUGUCAUCUGGAAAUAUAACUGACAAUGUUUACAAUCCAUCGUUGUCUAAGACUGGUCACUUCAAUAUAACCUUGACGGCUUGGAAUGAUCUGAGUAGUGCAACAGUAACCAAGGAACUGUAUGUUGUGGAUACGACAACUUUAGAAAUUAUUGGAUUCGAACACAAUGCCUAUCAAGCUACAAAUACUCUGCUUGCUGUUACAGUGGAUGUACUGUAUUAUGAUAUCAGUGAUUUAAUCAUAACAUGGACAUUUGAUGGUAACCUUGUCAAGGGCAUUGGAGGUCUUUCAACAUCCUAUACAUUUACAACAUCAGGAAUCUUCAACUUUACCGUGGUUUUGCAGUCAAGUUCAAAUACAGCUGUAGUGGUCAGUGGUUAUUCUACUGUGGAAAUACAGGACUCUGUGGCAGGACUAAUAGUUUCCAAUGAUGGUCCGGUGGGACUGGCUUCGACUGGUUCUGCUGUUGUCACAGUAACAGCAUCAACAACAGGUGGUGAUAAAUUACAAUACACAUGGGAUACGGGAGGAACAGUACAAACAACUACGAGUAACUUUAUUACGUUAACUAAAUCAACGGAAGUUUCCGAAACUGUUGUUGUGAUGGUUUGGAAUGAUGUUAGUUCACAAAAUGGGACAACGACAUAUAAAGUUCAGUAUGCUGUUGAAGGGUUGAAAAUUACAUGUCUUAAUUGUACGGAGAGCAGUGGUGUCACUUAUCUACAAUCAACAAAAACAGCAUCAUUUGUUGCCUCCUUGACAUCGGGUUCUAACGUAACAUAUAACUGGUCGUUUGGUGACGGAGGUACAGGAACAGGAAUAUCUCAGACUCAUUCAUAUAUCUCAGGAGGAACAUUUACCAUCACAGUGUCAGGUGUCAAUGAUGUUGGGACUGUUAUAGCAACAUUCAAUAUUACUGUUCAGGAGGAGAUAAGCAGUGUUUCAAUUAACUGUACAAAUAAUAUCAAAUUUGUCAACUCCACAUUUACGUUACAAGCCAACCCUGUUGGUGGAAGUGAUAUCACUUAUGCAUGGCAGGAUUGUGGAACAUGUCUUCAGAACUAUCAGGCCUCAGAUGUAUACAUUACAGGCAUUUACUAUCAGUCUGGAACUUACAUAGUAUCAGUCAAGGCAUUCAAUCAAAUAAACUUUGCUGUUCAUUCAAAAUUUAUCACAGUGAUAGAUUAUAUAACUAAUGUUACUGUGACUUCUGACUUGAUUCAAGGUCAGUAUGCUGCAAAAGGUCAGGCUUAUACAUUUGCUGCUGUAGCAAAUACUGAUAACUCUCAUAUGUAUUAUACCUGGAAGGUCAAGACAGGGUCAACAACUAUGUACACCUCAACUGUACACACAUCCAAAAAUUUAACCUACACAUUCACUAAUUCUCUACAGUAUGAGGUUGAAAUCAGAGUUUGGAAUACUCUAUUUAGUGAAUACACUGCUACUGUUGAUGUUAUGGUAGAAGAAGAAAUAACUGGUGCUUACAUCACAUUAGAUAAGACAUCACCCAUAGCAACAGGGGAAGUUUUAACAGUCGCUGCUGUGACAUCAACUGGAACAGAACUUUCAUAUAAAUGGAUUCUACAGAAUUCAACAGGACAGUAUACACUGAAUGAAACAGCGAAGUCUUUUACCUAUACUUUCAGUGGUAAAGGAGACUAUGUGCUUAUCUUAGAAGUGAGUAAUGAUUUAGGCAUGGAGACUGUAAAUAAAUCCAUCAGUGUUAUGGAAGCUGUUACCGGUGUAAACAUCAGCUCAGUUGUCAAUGAAUCUUAUCCAUAUAUUGCUGUAGGCUCAUAUAUCACAUUUUCAGCAGUUAUUGGCACAGGAGAAAGUUACACAACAACAUGGACAUUGGCUGACGGUGUUUCUUCAGCACUAACAUUCAGUGGAGUCAAUUUUACACACAAUUUUACCACAUCUGGUACGUUUACAAUUACAGUCACGGUACAGAAUCUUGUUAGCACUGAUACUUAUUCCUUCAUAGUUUAUGUUCAAGGUUCUAUUGCAUCCCUGACCUUGGUGACAAACACAAGUUUGGCUGAGACUGGACAGUCUGUACAAUUUACUGCUAAUUACAACACAGGUGCAGACAAUUUGGUGUUUGAAUGGACAAUAGAAGGAACAUUGAUUAAUGGAACGUCUGAUACCUUGUCACAUAUAUUUAACACCGCUGGAACAUUUACAGCUCAUAUAAAAGUAUACAAUCAUAUUAGCCAGAUGACAGCUGUAGUUAAUGUGGUUGUGGAAGUACGUAUUUCUGGUUUCAGUAUAACAGGUUGCAAUGCAGUUCAGGAAAUCAACAAUGCUGUAUCAGCAAGUUUCAACGUAUCUCAGGGAACAGAUGUAACGUAUAGUUACAGACUGGACACGGAAUCUUCAUCCUCCAUUACAGGCUCUGGAUCUUCAAUAUCAUACACAUUUACAACGACAGGACUGUAUAAUUUGUAUGUGAAUGCUACCAAUCAGGUCAGUCAGGAAUCACUGCAGUGCUUGUUCACAAUUAUAGGACCUAUAUCAGGUCUGGCUGUCGAUACUUCUAACUCCAAUUUUUUUGUGAACUAUACAGUACAUUUGCAGGUCACAGGAAAUAACCUUAUUGGAGUAACUUAUAAUUGGAGGUUUUCACCAAUAAAUGAAAAUAUCACUACAUCGGACAGCUUACUACAGAAGAUUUUCACAACAUCUGCAACAUACCAGUAUGAAUUAGAAGUCUCAAAUGGAAUAAGUUCUGCUACAAUAACAGGAUCAUUUUUCAUAGUGCCUUUACAUUGUGAUACAAUGACUGUGGCAAAGGGAGGUCAGUCAGAAAAAAUAAGAAAGAAAUCAUCAACAUCUACUUUCGAAGUGACAGUUGACAAAAAGGGGUGUACAUCUUACACUCUAAAGUAUGAUUGGAAGGUUUACAAUUCUUCGACAGGUUGUGCUGGAACACUCAAUAAUCAAGUCACUUUAAACUCGGCCACAGUUACAAAUACUCCCAAACUAAUGCUAGACAGCAGCCAUGAUAUAGGUUCAUACUGUGUACAGCUGACCACUUGGUACGAUGACACGCCACUAAUUCAAACAAUUGGAUACAACUUGACUGUCAUGGAUUCUGACCUUAUAGCCAUUAUUGCUGGUGGUAGUAAACUGAAGUAUCCACAGUCUGAUCCCAUUACGGUUGAUGGAAGUGGAUCAUUUGAUCCUGACAGUAGUUCCACAGUCCUACAGUACAGCUGGGCAUGUUCAGUCACUUAUCCACUGGAUGCAGGACUUUUUACAACAUUACCAACAGGUUACACUGAUGCUUGUGCUACCGUAGGGACAAGUUCAAGUAGUACUGUUACCAUGACAACUGCUAACCUACUCUCAGGAGAGACGUACACAAUAACAUUGACUGUGUCUGCCAGUGGAAGAACUUCAGGAAACUUUACACAAGAGAUUGAGAUAUCCUCUAGUGAUGUACCUGUACCAAUCCUUAACUGUAUUACAUGUCAGUCCACCAGUAGUUACCUUGUUAAUGAAGGGGAACACUUGGCUUUCACUGGAACCUGUCUAAACUGUGAUUCAACUGAUACAAAAUACUAUGAAUGGUCUGUUUAUACCCUCGAUUCAAGUUCAAAUAGAGUUCAGCUGUCACUGACUUCAGCCAUGUCAACAACUGGUAUAAAUAGUGAAAAUUUUGUCAUAACUGCCGGAAAUCUACCAGCCACUAAUUCCUACUACAUUUUCAAGCUUGAAAUCAGUAAAACUAAUACAGUGGUGACCUUGCAAGGUGAAACUGAACUAAUACUGAAAGCUAACAGCAAAGCAACAGGGGGCACUUGUUCUCUUCUGACCAGCACAGCUAUUGAUCCAUUAAUUGAUCAAGUUGAAAUCUCGUGCACAGGGUACAGUGAUCCAGAUAAUGCUAAUGGGGAACUCAAUUACAAGGUUGUAUCUCACAGUAAAGAUUCUGCAUCUGCUGAUGAAUCUGUUGUUAUAUACUACGGAACACUGACUUCACCAGCAUUUUACUUGGCACCAUGGCCAGGAACAACACGUUCAGCUGUCAACAUCAAAGUAUAUGUAGUUGAUGAAGAUGGAACAGACACUCUAUCUCUGGACACAGAUGUAUCAGUGAGUAGUACUGUAACCCAUGGUAACCAGCUAUCAUUUGUACAGAUCCACACAACUACGACCUUAAUUAACCUUGUCAAUGACAACAAUCCAACUGCACUGCUUCAGUAUGGUAUAGCACUUAUCCACGAAAUGAAUGAAAUCUCACGACAAGAAUAUGCCUCUCCCUCCUAUAGCCAUGUAGAUGAUAGGAACACAGUAAGGAAUAGGAUAACACUAUCAAUCCUCGGUCUGCCAUUAGAAACUAUCUACCAACAGCAGCAAAUGGCAUUCAUACUCAAUCACCUAACUAAAUAUCCUAGAGAAUUUCAAACUAGUAUAUGUCAAACAUUGGUUUUGAAUGAAGUUGAUAUCUUAAAGAACGAUAUGGAAUCCCAAGCUGUCCAGGGUGCAGACAAGAGUGAGUUCACCUCAGGUCUUCUUCUAGAGGCUGUAUCUAACAACAUGGAUGCCGUCAAUGCAGCAGUAUACAGCUCGGUCAAUAUAUCUAACGUCACUUCUCUAGAGAGUAAUGCAGUGUCAGAUUACAAGCCUGUUAUUAGUUCAUUGGAUUUAACAACAACAACAGCAUCUACUGAGGAUCACAAACAGAGUAUCAUUACAAGGGCAUUUACAUUUGGUGACGAUAUUGUCAUAUUGAAUUUGAAAACACAACUACCUGCUGAAGACCCUAUAGUUAUAACAUUAGAUAGUAUAAAAGUAUUUGGAAAAAGAACUUGGUCAGAUGACAUAGAACAAAUGUAUACAUCAGAAGGUUGUGUUGCAGUCCUGAACUCAGAAAUGUUAGGUUCUUUAUACCCUACAAAAAGUGAAGUCUUCCAAAUCAUGAUGGUUGUACCCCAGAAUCCAUUUACAUGGGGAAGUAGUGGGGAUGUGGAACUUAAUACUAAAGUGAUAGCUGCAGGAUUUACAGACACUUCUGGCAAUGAAAUAUCUGUCUCAAAUAUUCCAACAGGGAAAAAGCCAAAAUUUAUUAUCUUAAAAAAUCAGGCAACAGUCUACAACAUGACUAAUAGUCUAAUUAAUAGUACAGACUACGCCCCACAAGAAGGUUUAACAUUUGCAUCAGUAGUUGUGGAGAAAGGAUCUGCAAAGAAGGUUGUUAUAGAUACAUCUGACGGGUACGGAGGUUCUGCUCUACAUUUACAGAUACGAUUUGUUGUGGUUGCUAAUCCUAGUGCCACAACCAAUGCCACAGGAGUUAUUAAGACAUUUUUAGGAAAAAACUAUGAAGCUACAAGGUCCAGCUAUGAGACCACGAAAGAGAUCAAAGUAGAACAUAUGGCCACUCAAGCAGAUCAUAGACUGUAUACACUGUUUGUAGAUCAUAGUGAAUUUGACACUGAUGCAUCCUAUGCUGUGACUGUGUACAAUGACGAUCCUAAUUAUGAUGUCAACAUCAGUGCUGCCAUCUACUACUCCACAUGUCAAUUCUUUGAUACAUCAGCUAACUCGUGGGAUACAAAUGGAUGCUCACCUACUGAUGAGUCAAUCGAAAAGUAUGCUGUGUGUGAAUGCGAGCACUUAACACCAUUUGGAGGAGGAAUGUUGGCUCCACCAAACACUCUGAGCUUUGCUGACUUAGUGAAUCUUGAUUUGGUGAACAAUCCGGUCGUGUUUGUGACAUGUUCUUUGAUAUUUGUGGUGUAUGUGAUAGCAGUAAUUAUCUGUCGUCGACUAGAUCGCAGUAACCUUGAAAGAAUAUCUUCUAUACCCUUAUGUGGUAAAGAUGGAUCCUUUAAAUAUGAAGUGACUGUAGUCACGGGUAGACAACCUGGUGCAGGAACUACUGCAAAUGUUGGUCUCAGAUUGUACGGAGAAUAUGGGAGAACAAAUUCUAAACAACUUGAUAAAAAGUGGGCAUUUCAAAGAAACUGUCAGGACACAUUUAUCAUGGCACAUGACACAAACCUUGGAAAUAUUGAAAAGUUGAUGAUUUGGCAUGACAACUCUGGACUGGAUCCUAGCUGGUACCUCAUUCAAGUUAUAGUCAAAGAUUUGCAGACGGACCAUAAAUAUUACUUCUUUGCUAAUUUCUGGAUGUCACUAGAAAUAGAAAAAGGUUUUAUCCAGAAAGAAUUAUUAGCUGCAGGAUCUUCAGAAAUUCAGAAAUUUGGCAGAAUGUUUGGCAGAGCUGUUUCUAACUGCAUGGCAGAUCGUCAUUUAUGGUAUUCUGUCAUUGAUCGACCAGCUAUGAGCAGGUUUACACGUGUCCAGCGAGCUACCUGUGUCGUGACUAUUCUUUACACAUUCAUGGCAAUCAAUGCUAUCUGGUAUGGACUGUUGAAACAAGAGGAUAAUGGAAAUGUAUCAUCCUUUGGCUGGGAAGAAGUAGUUCUAUCUCUUGUUACCAAUGUAAUAGCCUUCCCAUUCACUCUCAUAAUCAUCUGGAUGUUUAAGAGAAGUAAAUCUAAGAAUAACAUAUUUGAGCCAGCACAGAGAGUAGGAACAGCCCAGACUAUUGAGAUAGACUAUGAUCCUAACUUGGCUGGUUCCUUCAAAACCAAUGAUGAAUUAAUUUCAUACUAUGACAGAGAAAGUACAACAGACUCAUUAGUGGAAUCAAGUAUGACCCACAACCAUCUAAGGAGAAGUAGAACAUUGAAGAUGACAAGACAAGCCACAGAUGAUAGUCUUACUAAAGCUGUGAACUCCAUUGACAGUGGUAUCGGAAGUAUGGGAGCUAGUACAGAAAGCAAGUUAAAGAGAACCAACAAUCCAACUUUAUGGUCUAAAACAGAAGUAGGUCAUAAAGAUGAAACAUACAUUACCAAGACUGAAAACAAUACAGACAAAAAAGAGGAGAUGAAGGAGGUAGCUGAUGGAAUUCUUCAGUAUUUAGAUGAUGUUGAGUCUGAAUGUAUGACUAAAGAACAAUCUGUUAUACAGAAACGUAACAGUAUGGGAGGAGGAGGAGGAAAAUCAACACUCAAAAGAACGGGUACAAAGAAAAAUGAAUGGAAAGAAAUAGAUGAUAUCCUUAAUUCAGACAAUGAAGGAAAACAAUCAAGAUCUCGUCCAUUACGUAAGAAGGAUUCUACCAGUACCAUUGGUUCUUAUGGUAAACCUGGAUCAUCACAGUCAGGCAAGGGAUAUAACCCAAGGGAAGACCCUACAAUUAAUGGACAAGACAGAAAACUGCCCUCUGCAGGAAGUACUUUCAUGUGGGCCAAUAAACUGAGAGCCUCUAGUUCAAUGGACUCUACUACAAUCCAAGGUACUUCCAUGCCUGCAGUAGAAGGAAUUGGUCCAUUAGAACCAGACAUGGGACUAGCCCAGCAGUCCAGUGAAGGAUUGGAUCGAGAAGAUCUUCUAUUACUAGAAAAGCGUGAAGAUUCUAAGAGUUGUACAUUACCUGCCUGGUUUGUCUAUGUUGCUUAUGUGAUCUGCUUUGUACUGUGUGUCACCUCAGUCAUCAUGGUUAUCUUGUACGGACAGACAUUUGGAGCAGAUAUAGCACUGCAAUGGAUAUUGGCAUUACUGUUCUGUAUUGCUAUGUCAUUCAUUAUUAUAGAACCAUUAAAGGCAUUAGUAAUAGCAUUCUAUGCAUCAAGUGUACUGAAGAAAGAAGAUACAAUUGACGAUGAUGCUAUAGAUAUACAACCAACAGUGGAUACAUCUAAUGAAACAGUCAAGGAAAACAAGUUUACACCACUAGCAGGGUUUGCCCUAUUGAAUGCCAAAGAAGAAGGUCACAAGAUACUGAGAAUGAGACUGAUGCUCAGACAGUUUACAGCAUACAUAUUCUACCUCUGGUUGGUGAUGACACUGUGCUAUGUCAACUUCAGUUAUGAUACAUAUCUUUUCAAGACAUCGGUUGAUAACUCCAUAAUUCAGCCAACAAUACCUGGUACAGAGAAAUCAUUUGUUAACAUGAGUAAUGUUGAUGAUUUCUGGGCAUGGAGCCAGUCUGUACUGGUUUCUGGUUUACAUCAUAGAGAGCUGUAUACAGAUUUAGAAUUCGGAACACUACUUGGAGUGGCACGUAUGAGACUUGUCAGAAGUGUUGAAGAACCAUGUCCUGCAACAGAACACCCACUACACUCUGGUCUGGACAGCCUUACUAACAGGACAUGUUGGGGUAACUAUGGUUACAAUGAAGAUGAAAUUAACUAUAGUGAAGGAUGGAAUUAUUCACAGAAUUUGUCAUGGAGAUAUUCUACUGGUUCCCAAACAGGAAGUAAAACUCGCUAUGGUUAUGUAUAUACGUAUGGCGGAGGAGGGUAUGUCCAGCAACUAGGGACAACAUACAAUGAUACUCUUACAAAAUUACAAGACUUACAGGCUAAAAAUUGGAUUGAUGAAAAAACAAGAGCAAUAUUUAUAGAUUUUACCAUGUAUAGUGCUGCCAAUGAUCUAACCACUGUUGUCAACUUAAUGAUAGAGUUCCCACUUACAGGUGGUUUGAACACUUCCUCAGAUAUACAGAGUCAAAUAUUACUUAGAUUUGUACAAGAGGUUGUGGAUCCAUUAAUGGUCUGCCAGUGUAUCCUGUUCUUAGUGAAUAUCUACCUUGUUUGCCAUAUUUUCAAUGCAAUCAAAGACCACAGAAAGGAAUAUUUCACCCAUCCCUGGAACUGGUUUGAGAUGCUGACUACACUUAUGGCCAUUGUUAUCAAUGGAUUAUAUAUUGGUUGUGUGGCAGAGGCUUCCAGUACCUUCAACGACUACUUUAACAACAAAAAUGGCUUCACUAAUUUCGAGGCUAUCUCUGAUACACAUGUUGCUAUGAGAUAUAUUCAAGGCAUUCUUAUAUUCUGCCUUAUGAUAAAGGUUGUGAAACAGUUAAGAUUUGUCAAAUUCCUAUAUGUGUACGAGAGAACAUUGAGUGAUGCCUGUGGUAAGCUGGCUGGAAUAGCUGUCAUCUUUAUCAUCCUUUUCUGUACAUUUGCCAUGGCAGGAUACCUGUGGUAUGGAAGAUCUAUAGAUGGUUUUGAGACAUACUGGCACACGUUGACCUCUCUCACAGGAAUGUUACAUGGACAUUAUUCAUUCUGGAAGUUAAUGGAUCACCAACCAAUCUUCUCUCAUUUCUUCUUAUACUUCUAUUAUGCCUUCUGCUAUGGAAUUACCAUGGCAUUAAUAAUAUCUGUCCUGACCAAUACAUACAAAACAACCAAAGGUCAGAUGUACUUUAAAGCUACCAUGGAUAUGCAAGAUUAUGAGAUGGUAGAGUUUAUGAUGAAGAGAUUUAAACUAUGGGCAGGGUUAGAUAAACCUAAACAGGGAAUAAGAAGAGUACACUUUGACAGAAGACAGUUUUCUGCAUCUAGUAGAUCUAGUCGUCCAUCUAGCAGAGAUUCUAACUUGAGUUACGAUCCAUUUGAAACCAAUCCAAGAACAACCAUCAAAGCUGCUGAUCGUUUGGAGGCCACAUGGGAAGAUGCUUUGUGUACACUGGAAAGAGUUUGUGGACUUGAUGAGAAAGAGGAACAGAUGGUUAAAACAACACAAAAGAAUAUUGAUGAAUGGAAAUUUCAAAACAGAAUAAAAAACUAUGAAAAAGAACUUCAGAGUUGGUCAGAUAAGCCACCAAAAGGUGCUCCAAGUGCAGUUCGUGCUUCAAAAAUUCCAAGAAGGACAUCAACAACAGGAAGUGAAGCAGGCAAUUCAAAGAGAGGCUUAGGCACUCCAGAUUCAAGGACUACAGGUGUGAGAAGUCGGCCACUGAGUGAUCAAGGUGGACGAGCUCAAUCACAGCCAAAAAGAACUAAUUCAAGAGAACGUUUUUCCAUAUACAACUUAAUUAAGAGUGCAAAACCUUCUAAGGAUGCUUGGAAUGAAUAACAAAAAGUGUUCGAUACAUAUGUUGUGUUCAUUUAUUAGACUUGAAGUGUAAUAGGGUCCUCAUUCCUCAGGUUGAGGGUAAGCCUCCCAACAAGAAUGAGUUCCAAAUUAUCCCAGACUGAAAAAAGCAUUUUUUUAAAACUAGGUGCUUGUUUGUAUUAUUCCACAUAAAAGAGGAGACAUUGACUUGUUUAUUUGUGAUAUCUGGAACUGUGAUAGAGGCUAUUGUUGUUAUUUAGUUUUGUUAUGCCUUAUUUAAACAUUUGUGCCUCAAUUUAGAAAGGGCAGAAUAGUUUAUGCAAAAAGUGCCAAGUUGUUUAAAUAUAGUAUUUAAUUAUUUGUAUAGAAGAGAGUAGUUUAGUUUGAACCAUUUCAUGAACUAAUUUAUUUUCCCAGCUCACAUAACUUUGAUACAUGAAUUUAGUUUUUACAUUGAUCUAUUUACUAUUGAAAUUUAUUUUGCCUUUUUAUAGAUUUGCAUUCAUGUAUUUUACCUUACUAUAACUGCUGAAUAAAUUGCCUUCUUUUAAGAAAAUAUACACAACAUUCUAAAAAGUGUCUUAGAGUGUUAAAUGAUUAAAAGUGGGGAAAAAAAUGAAUUACCGGUAUCUAAGUGCCUUUUAUUCUGAAGUAUAAGGUUAUUUUCUGGUGCUUUGAGUAUCAUUUGCAUGUUUCUGAUAUAUCUUUAUUUUUAUUAUAGAAUAACUGAUUUGCAUUAUUUUGUUUAUUUAUAAAAUAAAGUUAAAAGAAUAUCAUCUUGAAAAUUCAGUUUAGCAUUUUAAGCUUCAAUUUAUGUACAGAUUACCAAAAACUUCUUAAAACGGAGGCAUUAGUGUAUUAAAUGUAUGUUUUUAAAAAGCUGACUAUUUAUGUUACUAUUUUUAGAAUAAUCCCAUGUGCUAUUUAUUGUACUAGUGCUAUACCCUUGUAAAUAUGUAUCUAUAGUGUAUACUGCCAUUGACAAUCAGGUUUGCGGUGGGUUUUGGAAAUCUUUUGUAAUCAUAUUUCGUUAACUUUUAUAAAUUUUAUACAAAUAGUAGUAAUAUUGACCAAUCAAAAUAUCUCUUUUAAUUUAGUUGUCCUGUCUUUUUGUUUGGAAGGGUAAAUUGUCAGUGCAUUAAGUAUCAUUUUACAUGUGUAAUUUUAGUGAUAUUUAGUAGUUGAAUAUUAAACCACUAAAGAAAUAAACCUAUUCACAUUCUGAUUUUUAAAUAUAAAUAUUUAUGAUUAUUUCGAUGAAUGGACCAUAACAUUCUAGGUUUAAACAUGUACAAAUAGUAAAUCACAAAUUUUUGUUUUGCAUUUUCUCUUCAAAGGUUAUAAGUGUCACAGGACACAGUAUAAACAUCUUAUUGCAGCAUGCAUAAGAUCAUUUUUUUGCAUGCAAUCAUAAUCUCACACUUUGUUAUGUUAUUACUUGCAUGUUUUUCAAUAUAAAUUAUGAUCAGGAAAUAUAUACUUGGCUAGGUUAGUUUUACCUGAUAAAGAUUUGAGCUACAAAACUAUUUUUUUAUUAUGAAAUGAUUUAAUAUAAUUAAACAUGUACAAUGUGAUUAAACAUGUACAAUGUAAUUACUAGCAGCUGAAAUGAUGUAAUUAAAGCUGCUUUUUUUAUAUCCACCAAUCAACAGUUAUUACUGUUAAAUGAUUCUUUUGUUAUUCAUUUAUUGUAUCAUUCCGUCCAACCAAUAGUGCUCAGGACUUUUGUUAUUGCAUGCAAGUUAUGUUUACUGUGCCAACAUGACAACAGUUAAUAUAUGAAUAAUUAUACAGAAAUAUAAUCAAACUUCAGUAGCUUGAAUGCCUGGAAAUUUGAACUGAAUAGGAUUUUUUGAAUUACCUGUACUAAAAAUAAUAAUGUAUAAAUACAAGAGGAUUAAAACAGUGUUUCAUGUCAUUUGAUUCUAGGUACCUUGUUACCUUUUUUUGUAAAUUUGGUGCAGGCUGGUCUAUUUUUAUUUCUCCUUUUUCUUUUUCAUUGUUGUACACAUAAUUUUUGAAAUAAUUAUGGCAAGCGAUGCUUCCUUUUGGAAAUAUUAUUUUGUUUUCAACCUAUAGUUUUAAAUGUGGACUUUCUGUCCUCAUCAAGAAAUUUCUCUAAUUUUUGUGAAGUUUAUCAGUAGAAUUGACUUUAACAUCUAGAAUAACAUACUUUUAUAUUAUUAUUAUUUAAGGAGUAAUUCUGAAAUGACACUUUAGUCUAAUAUCUCAGAUACUUUAAAGAAAAUGAAAUUAAAAAUCCCUGAAAUGCAGCAGUUUUGUGAUGCAGACAUGGAUUGAGAAUCAAACAUUUAUUUAAUGGCCUAAAGUAACCAAAAUGUUACUGUUUACAACAAAUAAAAUCAAUCAUUCUAAUCUAUAUUAUUAUUAUUUUUUUAAAUAUUAACAACUAUUAUGUGGAAUCUCAUACUUUAACAGAAAAUGGAGAUAGAAAAUCUUGACUCAUUUUUCCUUGACUUACAAAAAGGGCGAUUUGUAUUUAAAAUCAGAUAUUAAAAUAUACAAUUCAUUUUAAUAACAAUUAAGAAAUUCUGAAUUAUUCUCUGAUUGCCACUUUUCUAAAUCAAAUUUACCAAGCCUGAAAUUUAAUAUUGCUACAAAAAAACAGUCUGGACUGAAAAAUAAUGUUCAUGAAAAAAAGCUAUUCAGAAAACUAGUUUGCCAUUCAGCCAUUCAGAAACUAGUUUGCCAUUCAGCUAUUCAGAUGAUGGUGAUACAAAAUUGAAAUGUUCACAAUUUCCAGGGAAUAUUUUAUUUAUUUAUUUAUUUAUUUUUUGGCUGAUAAUCAAUUAUUUUAUUAUGGAAAAUUGAAAUGAAGUUACUUGAGAAAAAAUUCAGGAGUUUCAGUCAGAUACUGAAUACUGUUAAUGAUUUUGUUGACAUGUUAACAUUUCAUGUGUUAAUGAUUUUGUUUACAUGUAAACAUACCAUGUGUUAAUGAUUUUGUUUACAUGUUAACAUUUCAUGUGUUAUCUUGUUAGAUUUAUUUUUGUUUUCGUUGUUACAAAGUCUGUAUAUAACAUGAUAAAAAAGAGUGAUUUAUUUUUAGGUGUAAAAUUUAUUCAUUUUUGUUUUUGGAAUCUUCUAUUUUACAAAAAAUCAUCAUGACGAGUGUUAAUAAAGCUAGUCGCUUUAUGACUGAUUAAAGUUUAAUUGUUA